AUGGAGACUGAGGAGUUGUGUCUCUGUGAGAAGUGCGGGAAGGAAUUCUCAGAUAGCAGCCGCGUUUCCUCUCACCUUUGCACUGCUGAUUUCACCAAAAAGGGACAGUUGACCCGUUAUAAGUGUCCUUUGUGCGAUGAGGUCUUUGCCAUGCCAGGUGUGCUGAAGCACCACUUCCAAUGCCAUCGGAGGGAGGAACCUACAGGUCCAUUCCACUGCUCCGAGGAGGGUUGCCAGUUCAGCACUUCACACCGGUUGGUGUACCAGGAACACCUGCACUCACAGCAUGCUCUGACCCUUGUCUCUUGUACCUUCCGGUCCUGCACCUUGGCAUUCCGCACACAUGCCGAGAUGGAUGGGCACUGGCGUAGCCAUAUGCCCUUCCACUGCCCCCGCUGUGACUUUGUGACCGCUCAUGCUAAGCAGCUGAGUACCCAUGGGCUGGAACAUGACCGUUCACUUGCUGCACCUGAGGGUAAGCUUUUAGAAUAAAUGCAUCGUUCUCCACACACACAAACACUCAUUCACACACAUUGUUAUAUUUAGGGUAGAGCCUACACUGGAUGCCUCAAUUUGUGAAAAUGUUUGUGCUCAGGUGACAAGGUGCCAACAACGACAGGCCAGGGUGGAAGCAGCCAAUCGGCUCUGGAGACCAGCUCUGGAAGGCCAAGAAGGGCCUGGAAACGCAAUCCAGCUUAUGUGUCAUCACAAGAAGAAGAUGAGGAUGAAGAAGAGACACAGCAGCACAACAUCAACAAUAGAGCCAGUGAGGAGGUGCAAAAAGACAAAUCAUCUGCAGCUACAAACAUCAAUGAGAACCCAUCUAAAGGUAGUGUGGGAUCUCUAGUCCUGCUUUGGCAUUGUUGUUCUUCUCUUCUGUGUUAAGGACCAUUCAUGUUUUCUGGUGAGGUAUUAUCUCAGGUAAAUGUUGUGCUGACCAUAGCACUUUAAUCAGGUUUAGGUCAGUAAAUGUAGGUCUACAUUUACAUACUAGGAAAUAAGUUGUUCUGUUUCAUUUGUUUCAUUACAAAAGAUAACACCCGCAUCUCCUCCCUGUCCUGAAGAUCAUAUUAUGGAGGGCACGGAGCAUAUGUAUCGCACUCACAUCUGCCCCGAGUGCCGCCGCUGUUUCAAGAUGCGCUCCCACCUGCUGGAGCACCUCCACCUCCACUUCCCCGACCCCAGCCUCCAGUGUCCCACCUGCAAUCACUACUUCACCAGCAAGAGCAAGCUGCGCAUCCACAUGCUUCGCGAGUCCGGCCAGAAGGUCCACCGCUGCCACCUGUGCGACUACGCCGCUGUGGAGCGCAAACUCGCUCCACCGCCACUUGGCCAGUGUGCACUCCAAUGAGGUGGGGGGCGACAUCCACCCGGACGUCUACCCCUGCCCCACCUGCGGCAAGAGCUUCCGCCAGAGCCAGGCGCUCAAGGCCCACAUGAAGUCUCACCACACGUCGCGGGACAGCCAGCCACUGGCCUGUUUCCAGGAGGGCUGCUCCUUCCAGACCUCUGACCGGAAGGAGCUCCAGAGACACAUGGCCGAUGUCCAUGGAGUGAAGGCCGUAGAGUGCCGCCAUCAUGCCUGCAACGCCAUCUUUGGUAGCCUCCAGGACAUGGAGGCCCAUUACCGGAUGCACCUGGCCUUCCACUGCUCACAGUGCGACUUCUCCUGCUCCAACAAGAGCCUCUUCCGGCAGCACAAACAGCAAGGCCAUGCCGGGGAUGAGGAGUUGACCUGCAACUUCUGCCCCUUUGCCACGUUCAACCCUGUGGAGUUCCAGCAGCAUGUUGGCCAUUUCCAUGCCAAUGAGAAGAUCCACCAGUGCCAUGAGUGCAGCUUUGUCACCGCACACAAGCGGGUCCUUCGACGGCACAUGCUGAUGCAUAGUGGUGAGCAGAAAACUGUAACAUCAGACUGUUCUACUCAUCCAUAGCUUCCAGAUUACCAAUUUUUAACAGUUCCAUUAUUCAUGUAUUUUUCUUUCAAGGUGAGAAGCCCCACAAGUGUAACCUGUGUGACUUCAGGUGCCGUGAUGAGACCUACCUCUCAAAACACAUGCUCAUCCACUCAGAUGACAAGAAUCAUAUGUGUUCUGAGUGUGGAUAUGUCACCAAAUGGAAGCACUACCUGAAUGUGCACAUGCGCAAACAUGCUGGUGACCUUAGGUAAGUGAUUUAUGAUUAGUUACAGUUCUUUUGCACAUACAUCUUAGAGAACUGACAGAGAAAAUAGUGGUCUGUUUUAUGGAGUGCAUGCAGUAGUGUAGGGUUUUCUAACAGAUAAAGGCGAGUCCGGCCAGAAGGUCCACCGCUGCCACCUGUGCAUUACAAGAUACUUUUUGUCUGAUGUUCACCCAAGUUGAUGUGUAUGUCUGCUCUAUCACCUCUUGGUGUGAGAAGUGGGAUAUCAUAUCAGGAGUUGGGUUCAUUAAGGCCACACUUAGGCAUUGAGAGAUUGACAUAUCCAGUCUGUUUCCUCUCCUAGGUACCAGUGUGACCAGUGCUCCUACCGUUGUCACCGCACAGACCAACUGAACAGCCACAAACUCCGACACCAGGCCAAAUCACUGAUAUGUGAAGUCUGUGCAUACUCCUGCAAGCGCAAGUACGAGCUUCGCAAGCACAUGCUCCUCAAGCACUCUCAGGGAGAGGGCCAUCAGCCUCCCGUCUUCCAGUGCAAGUACUGCCCCUAUCAGACAUGCUACCGCCAGGCUCUGCACAACCACGAAAACUGCAAACAUACCCGGACUCGAGAGUUCCGCUGUGCCCUCUGCCCCUACUCCACUUACAGCAGCACCGGCCUCUUCAUCCACAAGAGAAAGGCUCAUGGAUACGUGCCUGGAGAUAAGGAGUGGCAAGAGAACUAUGCAGAGAAGGAGAGGGAAAACAACUCUGUGGACCUACUGCAGGGCUUCUACAAGAUGCCAGCCAAGAACUCUGCUGAAGGUCCUGUCAAGAACCUACAGGAGAAAGUCGCUGGCUCUGCUGUUCAAAAUGAACACAACCUAGAAACUGUAACCGGCCCCAAAACCACAGAAAUGGCUAAUACAAAUUCUGAUAUUGUCCAAGUGGUAGUUGACAAAGGGAUUCUGGCGAGUCACAAUUCAACAGAUAAUCCGGAGCAAUGCUGUACGUUAGUUUUAACAACAAUAGCUAACACAGAGUGCACUGAGAUGGCAAACAUGCAGGGUGAGAUGCCAAACAGCAGAGACCCAACUUACAGAAGACCCACAGUGGACCCUAAAGGAUCUGACACCCAGAGGCAAAAGUCAGCAUCUGCAAGUGAGGCGGAGGAAGAGGACAUGGCUAUGGAGGAUUGCGAUGACCUAAAUGAUUCAGAAGACAGGGAAGCUCCUUUGACCUCUACAAGGCAACAAGCAGAGGCUGCAGAGAAUAACACACAGAUAGCGGAGGUGUCUAGCGCAGCUAGCAACUCAUCCGCUGAACCAUUGGCGCAAAGCACCGACUCCGAGAUCCGUCUGAAGGCCUUGAGGAAGCAAGACAAGGACCAAGCGGAGGCUCUGGUCUUGGAAGGCCGGGUGCAGAUGCUGGUGGUGCAGAAUGAGGCCGGAGAGGCUAGCAUGUACCGUUGCGAACACUGCUCCUACGUGACUCGCAAGCAGACCUGUCUCCGACACCACUGCCAUUCCCUCUGCCUCGCCAGGUGGAAGAGACUCAAGUGCCAAGCCUGCGGCGCGCAGUUCAAACAGAAGAGAGGCCUGGACACCCACCACCUCAGGAAGUGUCCCGCUCUGCAGAAGAACACCAGGAGGUUCAUUGGCACGCCCUCUGCUGGACAGUCUGGAGAAAGGGACUCGGUACAUGGUCAGGAUAAAUCCCAGAACCCUGAUAAAACCACAACUGCAGAUCAAUCGGAGAUAGUAUCUUGUGAUGUUGCGCCAACCAGAGAUUCCAUAGACACACAACCAGAAAUUAGAGGAGAGGAACCAAACUUGUGCGAUUUGACCAGUCCUGAAGGCUCCAGUGAGAGGGGAUCUACAGCACUACAGAAAAGCCAAAGAAAGAAAGUUGGAAAGACAAAGAAGCAAGUGAAAGUUGGCAAGGUAAAGAGGCCUGUGAAGAUUAAAAAGAUAAAUGAAGGGAAAAUCUUAGGAAAGACGGACAAAGCCCAUCCCGUGAACACAGAGAAUGACAAUGCGCAUAGCUAUACAGAAGAGGACAGAAAAUUCACUUGCAAGACGUGCAGUUUCAGGUCCUCCAGGCUUGCAACUAUAGAGCGCCACUGCUCGACGUGCACAAGGAAAACUCCCACAAAGAAGGCUGUCCGAAUUGUAAGCUCUCUGGAACAGGAUGAUGACAGCGAUGAGGAGGAGGAGAAUAUUAAUGGGGGUUCUGAAGAAGAUGUGGUUGAGAUUAAGGUAUCAAAUCCAAGCUAUUCUCCUAAGUUUUCCUGUCUCAACUGUCCUUUCAGGUGCAAACAAAAGAGGGCACUGAACAAUCACAAGAAGCGAGGCUGCCUGAAGCUGGACGAGGUGCAGUGCCAACUCUGCUCGUUUGUGGCCAAAUCUCAGAAAGCAUUGGCCAACCAUGUGCUGGUACAUUGGAACUAUGAGGAGGCGGAGGAGGAGGGGAAUAUUAAUGGAGGUUCUGGAGAAGAUGUGGUCGAGGUGAAGGUAUCAAAUCCCAGCCAUAAGUUCUCCUGUCCCAACUGUCCUUUCAGGUGCAAACAGAAGAGAGCACUGAACAACCACGAGAAGCGAGGCUGCCUGAAGCCGAAUGAGGUGCAGUGCGAAUUCUGCUCGUUUGUGGCCAAGUCGCAGAAAGCUUUGGCUAACCAUGUGCUGGUCCAUCGGAAAGACAAGUUAUCGCUCCUCAAAAAGGUCAAAAGGGCAGUUUUGCGUUGCGACCAUUGCCCCUUUACUUGUAAGCAAGAGCGCUGCAUGACCCAGCACGUGGCUCUGAAGCACGAAGGUGCCAAGCCCCACCGCUGCCGCUUCUGCCCGUUCAGCACCACACGGCGCUACCGCCUAUAUGCCCAUGAAUCGCUUCACACCGGCAUGGGCCGCCACAGCUGCGACGUCUGCGACCAGACAUUUGGCGCCGCCUCCAAGCUCCGGCAGCACCGCAAGCGUGUCCACGACAAACAGCCUUCCCAUUUCUGCACCCUGUGCGACUACAGCAGCUACUCCCUCAACGAUGUUGGACGACAUACCCUCCGCUGCCACACGGGGAAGCUCCUGCACCCCUGCAGCCAAUGCGAGGCACGCUUUAGCUCCGACACGGCGCUCAAGCAGCACUGCAGCCGCAAACACCUGAGCCCCGCCAGUGUAGCCUGCCAGCAAUGUGACUUCAUCUGUGGCAGCCAGGCCACCCUCAAGGUCCACCAGCAGAAAAAGCACCCUCAGCUGGACUGUGCCACCUGCCAGGAGACCUUCACCACCCGGGAGAGCCUGGAGGAGCACCGGAGGACCCACCUCACCCAGCAGUGCCCGCUUUGCCCCUUUGCCACCCGUAAGAGGCAGCCACUUACCCAGCACCUUCUUGACGAGCACGAGGAUGGCCCCCCAGAGGACAAGCCCCUGAAGUGUCCCAUCUGCGGCUUCGCCUGUCGCCACCAGCUGGUCUUUGAGCAGCACGUUCGCUCCCACGGGGGUACUCGCCUCUACAAGUGCACAGACUGCCAGUACUCGACUCGCAACAAGCAGAAGAUCACAUGGCACAUUCGCAUACACACAGGGGAGAAGCCCUACCACUGUGAGCAGUGCAGCUACUCCUGCGCAGAUCCCUCUAGGCUAAAGGUGAGCAUUGAGGUCCUUCACAUUUUUCUGUAAUGUAACAUGGUACUACACCAUUUUAUUUGAUAGAAGUCAGGUCCUCUCUGUCUAUUACCAAACCAUAGGGCUUAAAAAGUCUACAAGGACUGGUAGAGGACCAUGUGUUACAAAUGGCAUAGUAGAGUCCCAUUUAUCAUCAUUAUCAUUACAUUCUAGUAUCACAUGAGGAUCCACCAGGAGGAGAAGAAGUACCUCUGUCCUGAGUGUGGCUACAAAUGCAAGUGGAUGAGCCAAUUGAAGUACCACAUGACCAAACAUACAGGUACAAAGUAUGAGUCACAUACACACUAUUGCUGUCAUCAUUUAUAACAUACAUUUAGUUGGAAUUAGAUCAUACAUUUACCUUUCCCCUGCCCUUUCUUUCUCUCUUCACCUCUCCCUCCACCCUCAGGGGAUAAGCCAUAUGCGUGCGACGAGUGCGAGUACCGCACCAACCGUGGUGACGCCCUCCGCGUCCACAGGGAGACGCAGCACUGCGACGCUCGCACCUUUAUCUGCGAGAAGUGUGGCAAGGGCUUCAAGACGCGCUUCCUGCUUAAGACCCACCAGCGUAAGCACAGCGAGGAGCGGCCUUACGUGUGCGGCCUGUGCCGCAGGGCCUUCCGUUGGCCAGCUGGCCUCCGCCACCAUUACCUCACCCACACCGACCAGCAGCCUUUCAUGUGCUGCUACUGCCCCUACCGUGCCAAGCAGAAGUUCCAGGUGGUCAAGCACCUCCGGGGGCACCACCCGGACCAGCCCGUGGAGCAGGGGGUGGCCAAGGAUCCCCACGCCCUCAGCCUAACCCUGCAGGAGGCCCGUCGGGGGGGGCUGGAAGAAGGGGCUGGGGUGGAGGAGGAGGGGAUGGAGGUGAAUGUACCGGAUGGGGUGGAGGUGUUGGUGCAAGAGAGGGUGGAGGAGGUCACAGAAGGCCAGCAAGGAGAGGAGUAG